CCCGCCCGAGCAGCAUCAGCAGCAGCAGCCCUGCACGGCUCUCCGUGCACACCGCCGUGUCAAAAGAUAAACCGACAGCAGCAGACCCGGGCACAGCAGAGGUGACAGAUCUAGAUUCAGAUCCAGGUCGCGCCUCUAGCAAUAACCACGGAGCUAUCGUCCAUUCCAUAUUUGCACGGAGGAAGAAAUCUUGCCAAGUAUGAGCCGUUUUUUUUUUUUUUGCCCCUACAAACUCGAGUCUGCUUGGUGUGGCGGUGAGACGAUGACUUUCCCCUCUUCCAGCCUCAUGAUGAGCCUUCUGCUGGAGCACUACUGUAUGCAAACACCCGGGCUGCAAGAAUAAGACUUUAUCGCCGAGUCCUACUCAUCAAGGACAAUAAAAGACACUUUGCUGGUCACUCGGAAAACACACACCACUUGCUGUAAAUCAAGCCAGGAGGAUCGAGUCCAAGUGCAAGACGAAUGGUUUGGGCAUGGUGCCCACGCCCCAGGUGUGCGUAUCAACCCUGGUCACAGUGAGCACGAUGGCAGUGGUGGACCUCUACCUGCUGGAGCAGAGCAUGCUGGGGGCUCAUGGUCUUUCAGGACCCGGUGUCUGGCAGUGUGCAGCAGUGUUGCUAGGUGAUGUGGGCUUCCUGCUCGCGCUGCGGUUUGUGUCGGCUGGCGUAGUGUCAGAGGCACGCUCCCCAAGGCGUGGCUUUGUCAACGCCUUUUGGUUCUUGUUCCUGUCCCUGCUCCAGCUCAAGCUCUUCUUUGUCUGCCAUAACUACAGGCAGGAGCGCCGGCCGCCCGACCCGCUGGCCAGAAAGACCCUGACACUUCUGCUGUCCAUCUGCCUGCCCUCCCUGUUCCUCAUUCUAACAGGAGCCGACCAUAUGACCCCGCAGCGCAGGAAGCAGGAGGUGCGGGGCCGGCUGCUGUGGGUGGUGGUGGAUCUGCUCGAUGUGCUCGACCUGCAAGCAGGGCUGUGGGAAGCCCAAGGAGGGGCUGCAGCAGGGACUGGAGGGAGUGUUGAGCAAAAGCUGCCCAUCUGGGUUGAGGGCCUUGUCUUCUUUUACUGCUACGCCCUCCUGCUGCUGCUGCCAUGCGUGGCCCUCACUGAGCUGGGGGCUACUGGCCUACCAGGACAGAGGGGACCCCAUAAGGAGGCUUUGUACCCUUGGCUCAGUUUGGUCACUAUCAACAUCUUCACCCUGGCCCUGAGGGGCAUGGGCAUGCUGUGGUACAGGGACCCCCGUGUGUCCACCGUGUUCCUGGGGAAGAACCUGCUGGCUCUGGCUGUGAAGCUGAGCUCAGCCUGGGAGAGACACAAGCAGGAGCGUGCUGCAGCGGGAGCUGGGAGUGUGGUUGGAGCAGAACCAGGAGACUCAACCCUGCCAAGCCAGAGCUCAGAGCAGGGAGAGGCCCAGGCUCAGGGGAAAGCUCCUUACUCUCAUUAUCACACACUAUCUCACUCCCAAAGCCACACUCUCUCCCAUGUCAGCUUGGAGCCCACAGAGACGCCCUUCAUCUCCCACGAACUCUAGAGGACGACUCUGAACAUGCACAACUGCAGGCACGCACACCCACAUUCAAACCCCAGACCAGCUAAGCCAGUAUCACAUCCAAACAAAUAACUCGUGAAUGGUGAUGGGCAUAAUCGAGCGCUGUGGAAAAACAUUUGGCAAGCUUGACUCCCUGCAAAUUAUGUUGUGCUAAGAAUAAGUCUAAAAUGCACUUCUGUGAUUUAUGGGAGUGUAUUUUUAAACUGAACACCAUGAACACAUCAAUCAGGUUGUAAAGAAUAUUCUAGAAAUACAUGUUGAAGUGUAGUAGUGUUUUUUUCCUUUUCUUUCUUGGCACAACUGCCACAGUCUGUUGAGUUUUGUCCUUCACUUGAUGGGGUUUGUGGGAAAAAUUAGAUCAACACUCUUCUGCCAUUAGAUGCCAAAAUACAGAGUGUGACCUUUUGGUGUAGAUUUUCUCCGUCAUUUAACAGGGAACUUUCACAGAGAUAAGUUUAAUACAGAGGAGUGAUGAUUUAUUUUUGUUCUUUUACUACCACAGAGGCACAACUUAAAAGCCAUCCAGCAGUAAAACCCACUCUACACUGCACUCUAAUAUUUCAGUGUUGAGUCCAACCCUUUUGGCUUGUGACCCUUUAAAUCAAAGUCUAGUCAUAACCUCGAGUGAUGUGCCCCUUAGAUUUUUUUUUUUCUGAUCUGAAAGGGCUUUUCUGGCCCAAAGAGUUAAAAUUGUUCACAAUAUAAAAAUGCAAAAAUCAAAGAGGAAAAAAUAAACUAUUUGUGUGUCCGUUACGAGGAAAACAAUUAUAUUCCUAAUCUCAUGGCCUCCCAGAUUUAUCUUGCAACUCCCUGGAGGACCACGGUGCCAGAUUUUCACUCCAGCACUGGCAGAUUCCACUCACUCCUCCUCUGGCAGAAAAAGUUAAUCAGAGGAAUCAGUCACUGUGGUGACUGCUUGGAGUGAAAGCCUACAGACUCAUGGGCAUCGUGUUCAGCCCUCCCUGGCUAAAUGUGUUUUUGGUUUUAUGAGAUUUGGUUUAAAUGCAGAAUUUGAUCAUUAACUAAGUGGCUAAAACAUUUUAGUCAAGAUUUCAGAGAUGCGUGUACCUUCACAUAUAUUUCAGGACAACUUUUGAUGUUAAAAACCGUCCAGUAAGAAAUUUGAACAUAACAAAAAUGUGCACAGCACAAGAUGUAAACUAUUUAUAACAGACACGGUUUCCAAAAAUAAAACCUUUUGGUGGUUAGAGAUGAAAGAUGGGCUUGGAGCAUUCUGCAUCAUCUUAAUGUUACCAUAACACAAACUGCAGGUCUAUUUUACUACAUCAUUUACAAAGAUUAAAUACCAAUGUAAGUAAUCCCUUCACUGUUUGAAAACAUUUUGCUGUCUUCUGUCUGUACUUGUCUCAAACUGUCAUUUUAAAAAAGAAAAAAAAAAACCCUGUCCAGUUGUCUGUCACGCCCUGAAAUCCCCUUUUCAUUUUUUAGAUAAAGCUGUUAACCAAUUUGUUAGGAUGUGGGUAUUGUAGUAUUUGGGUGUCAGGGGGUUAUGGGUCCGAGAAGCAGGUGUAGAUGAUGUGCAGUACAGUCACGUGCCUUGUUUCCUCAUGAAGCAUUCAUUAGGCCUUUUCCACUUUAGAAACCUACCGAGUUGUAAUGAAACUUGCACCUCACAUGUGUCGGGUUCUACAUUUGUUUCCACUGCCCUCUUCCCACUUUGGAGAUGAGGUCCUGGAGUUAAAUUUCAGCAGCCCUGAGGAGGUAGUGCUAAAUCAAGUUCUAGGAACUUGUGCCAGCUCACAUGCAGUCACUGUCGCCUGUGAUUGGUUUAAACCUAUGUGCCAUCACGUGUCUUAUAUUAGCGCAGCAUAUAAACAUAAACGCACACCGGUUUAAAGGUAAAACAGGGAUUUCAGUGAGUUGACUGUGGGUGAAGCAGUGAAGAUGUCACACUUCUGCAACUGCAUGUUCUGCUUGUUCAACAGCUGUUUGACUGGCAGAUACUGUAGCAGGCAUGAAGAAGGCCGUGUUCGGACUGAGUUUCAAAGAUGUGAAAGAACGCUGCCCUUUUCGUUCAUUUCAAUAGGAUACUGUGUUCACUGUAGCUGGCCCCAGCACUGCAGGGGCUCCGACAAAAUGACGGUGAUUUUGCAGCAAACGUGAAUGAAGCCAAUCGCUCAUCACAAUGUGGCCAUAUCGUACAUGCCUACAACACUCCCCUUUCCAACCUCUCACCCCCUCACCUACAAUCAUAGCAGGGAGUUGCACUUUACCGCACGCCUGCUAACAAUCACUGCGCACUCUGCCCAGCUGUGUGUGCGAGGAGUGCAGCUCUGCUCACGAGUAAACAGGGACCAACAAGGGGGAUAAUGCAGUGGAAAAGCAAAAUGAAAUGGACCACAUCAGGUGUUCAAGUACCGCUGGGUUAGGGGUAUGUGAAGCUCCAGGUUAUGGCUUGUUAAGCUCCCAUGGUGGAAGAACACUAGAGAGUAUGCGUACCAUGUGGAACUUGGACUUGCGCCAUGUGCAUACUGUGAAGUUAUUCCACAACUGUUGUCAUCUACACCUCCAGGACAGAGUGCGAACUAAUAAAGUGUUUCAUACUCAUCUAGCGUUGACAGUUCAUUGUUAUGUAGAAGAGAUAUUGGCAUCCUGUCUUCCACAUGUAGGGGGAAGAAAACAGGACACGUUAGUCCAAAUUAUUCUAAGCCAAGAGGCCUCAGGGACAAAUAACUGCUUCACACUUUCAAAACCUCCACUAUAUUAAAGUCAAUCAGCUCCCAUUCUGCAGUCACAGGAAAUUGCAUGUUUUUAUGUUUUUCACAUACUGAGCUGGUGAAGUGAAUAGAAAACCCCUCACACAUUCAAAGCAGAAAGGCGUGCUCUUUGCUUCAUGGAGCGGCAUACUGACGAAAGGCCGUCAUUUAUCACAAUUAUGCCAGCGGCUCCACCAGUUUGGAUCCUCUCACAGUAAUCCUUGAGUGUGCUGUCAUGUUGUCUGCUUUUAAUGCUGAAAGAGAGAGAGGUCUUGAUGCAAUGGGCUGUGCAUGUCAAGAGUUGUGGUAAGCGUGUGAUGGUUUUCAGCAUGAACUGGCUCUUUGCUCACAGCAGCUGUGAAUAGACCCGCCUGCCUCUCCUCUGAGCUUUAAUGGUCCUAUUAAUUGAAGUUGAGGCUAUUUUUCAGAAUCCAAGAGCUUAUUCUCACUGCUUUAUGCUAGAUUUACAGGCUGUAUUUACAGGAUGCAUUGAGACUAAUAUACACCACAGCCACACAGAGAAAUUUAUUUCAAGUUUUCGUGGGGAAUUUCUCUCGAGUUCAGAGACUUUUAAGGAAAGACCACUGAGAGUCUGCCAGCGUAGUAGACAGCUCCCAACUCUUGACUACCCUGGUUCUUUCAUCUCCUUCUCCCUCGCUCACUCUACAUUUCAAACACAUGCGUUGUGCGUGUACUCCCUGUCGGGCAACUUCUCACAUUUCCAUUAAACUAAAAGCAGUGACUGCAUAGGCAGCAGCCUCACCAAAUGACUACUUCCUAAAAUAAGUUACACCUGUUAAGGUUUAGAUACAAUGCUCAGCAUCUCCCUCAGCUACAGCUGCCUUUUAUAACAUGCGCCAUACGAAAUGUGCAGGAGCUGCUCUCCUCCUUUCUUUCUCUGGUGCUCUCUCUUCUUCCCAUCCAUUCACUUGUGCUAAUUUCACUCUCACCUAUAAUGAGUCUCCUGUAUCAAAGCUGUCAAUUUCCCUUUUUUGUUUCCGGUUCCUUGUCUUAUUUCUAUCGUUUGUUUAAAUUUCCUUCGCAGCCGACACGCAGCCUACCUCUCUGCACUUCCCCUGUCAAGGGUGGUUAGUCAGAGAUGAGGAAAAAGCGAGGAGGAGAGGCUGGCAAAGAUUAAAGGGCCGGGGCCACUGCCUAAAGCAGAGUAGCUGCCGACUGCCAUUUAUUUACCAUUUGCUACACACUGCGUGAGCUUGACAGAGCACGAGAGCCAGGAGAGGUGGACACGCACAACAUUCUGCACCGACAACAAUCAGAUCUAAAGAGUUCAAAAAGGAGGCGCCUUUAGACAAACAUAUGGCCUUGUUUUGCUUGGCCGAGCACUUGGUCGCAGCCCAUCUCACCUCGUUACCCUUGACACUGCGACAGUUACAGUGUCUACAAGCUCACACCCACCUAGUCUGGCAGAAAGAGCCACAUUUAACAGACAGAUGUCUGAAUCAUUCAUCACAGCACAUGCCAUCAGCACCACAGCUUUAGGAGAGAACUUCAAAGUAUGUUCUAGAAGAAAGAAAUGAUGCAAAAGAAUCUGAGACUCUUAUGAUCUGCAAUGCAAUACUUGAUACAAAUGUAUAUUAAUACUGCCCUCAGAGGUUGGGGUUACCUGCUGCUAAAACUAAAUAAAAAACACACCAGGGUUGAAAGUUAAUUAUGAAACAAAAAUGCCAACUAUCAGCAGACU